GGGGAAUUAGAAUACAGCCACGGUAUCCCCUGCCUGUCGUAAGAGGCGACUAAAAGGGGGUGCGAGGUAGUAUGAUGUAAAAGUAAGGAUAAGAAACAGAAGAAAAAGUACGGCGAAUGUGUGAAGUAACGUACGGUGAGAAUGACAAGAGAUUUGAAAAAUGACGCGUGUGGCUGAUGAUUUUCGGUGGGCAAAAAGGGACCGAUGUAAAGUCCUUAGAGUACAUCACCCCUAAAUGGGGAAACCUGAAAUGAAAUGAAAUGAAAUCAUAUUGGAGUGUUAAGGACCCCGAACCACGGGUGACACUCUUUUCAUACCGGCAAUAUGGCUUCCGGGGUGUCAGGGACCCCGAAGCGCAAGUGACGCACUCCAAUAUAUCAUCUUGGGGUGUUAGGGACCCCAAGAAUAGAUUUAUUUCAAAUAGAUUCAUCUUUCGCGCUGGAAUGUACACGCUAGCCAAAUGAGAGUUUAAUAGUAACACAUUUUUUUAUUGUGGCAUUUGUUAAUCAAUUAAUCUAUUGCAUAAAUAAACACUGAUUUAAUUAUGACUUAUAAUAUGAAUACAAUCUAAUAGUAUCAAUGUUUUUCGAAAAAGAAUUUUAUAAAUAGAUGCUUAUUUGACUAGCGACGUCAUAACCGCCACUUUCCACCGCGUUCCCUUCACCGCUACAGUACGGUUCAUUACUCUCGUAACUUUUUGCUAUUUUUACAUUAAAAACAUGGUGCUUCGUGUCAUUAAAUGCACUGAUCUGAAAGGUUAGUGAUUGAUUUCGGGUAAACAAGUGAAAGUUUCGUUGUAGAUAGCUUUAUUUCGGUAUUAUAAGUGCGUUUCGAUUGUGCCUUGUGACAGACUCAUGGGUGAAGCGUCUCAUCGAAUUCUAUUACACAAAUUACGUCGAAUAGUUUUUGAGUGAAAUGAGUGGGUACGGUCGACCGAAGUUUACUUGUGAAUCUUUGCCUCUUCGCGCCAUUUUCAUAUACAACGACGCAGUAAAUCCACACGAGUUGUUUUUGAAUGAAAUGAGUGGGUACGGUCGACCGAAGUUUACUUGUGAAUCUUUGCCUCUUCGAGACAUUUUCAUAUACAAUGACGCAGUAAAUCCACACGAGUUGAUAAGCUUCGAGACACAAGGCCUGGAACGGUAACAAAAUGGCGGACAAUCAGAGGAGAAGACGUUAUCUGACCAUCAGUAUACUUCACAUCAUCACCAUCAUGUGCCAAGCCCUCUCUGAUCAACCAAUGUUUGCCGAGCCAAUACCGAAUGUCACGGUGCCGUUGGGAAGAGACGUCAGCUUACCCUGCGUCGUCGAAAACCUCGGUAAUUACAAGGUGGCGUGGAUACACGUGGGACGUCAGAUGGUACUCACCGUUCACAAACACGUGGUCGUGAAGAUACCAAGGUUUUCGGUGUCCCACGACAAUCAGAAAACGUGGCUUCUUCACAUAACCAGCGUGCAACAAGACGACCGGGGUUACUACAUGUGCCAAGUGAACACGAACCCUAUGAUGAGCCAAGUCGGCUUUCUUCAAGUAGUCGUGCCGCCAAAUAUAUUGGACAAGUUAUCCACGGAGAGUACGGUGGCUGUUCGAGAAAAUCAGAACAUCACGUUGACGUGCAAAGCGGACGGAUAUCCGACGCCCACGAUCAAAUGGAAGAGGGAAGAUGGUCAAAAUAUAAUCAUCAAUCGAUAUCACAAAGUUUCAGUGUCCGCGUACGAUGGCGAGCAAUUAAACUUGACGGGGAUCACGCGCCAUGAAAUGGGCGCGUAUCUGUGCAUCGCGACCAAUGGUGUGCCGCCAACAGUCAGCAAGAGGAUCACCGUGGAAGUUGAAUUCUUACCGACGAUCUUUCUUCCGAAUCAGCUGGUGGGUGCGCCAGCUGGCACCAAUUUAACCAUCGACUGUAACACGGAGGCUCAUCCAAGAGCGAUGAGCUACUGGUUCCUAGGUAAGGUUAUGAUAUUGUCGAACGAGAAGUACACGACGAACACCAUGGAAAACAGCUACAGGACCUACAUGACACUCACCAUAAGAAACCUGACGGCCAGCGACUAUGGGACUUACCGUUGUAUCAGCAAGAAUUCGCUGGGCGGCACUGAAAGCUCUGUUAGGAUAUACGAAAUUCCAAAGCCGUCCGCGGCGCCGAAGGCCAUGGAGGACAAGAGCAGCGCCAACAAAGAAGGACAACCGAGUACACCGUCACCAGCAAAAAGGCCGACCACCGUAUGGCCCUCCUCGUACAACCCGUACUAUACGAAAAGGACAGAGAGGCCGCCUCCCCCGAGCGAGGAGAGGGUCGAGAGGCCAGAACAGAAGCUACGUGGUGGCCAGAGCACAGGGAGCGCGUACAUCAUUAGAUGGAGUGCACCGCAGCUGAUGGUGGUGGCGGUUCAGUAUAUCCUCACGGGGCCCUAUAUGCCCCCCUACAUGCCCCAAACGGCGAAUUAGGAUGUGGGAAAACAUAGGCCAUGUUCGUCCAGGACGUACUGUCCUCUGGUACCUUUGUGCUUCGAUCACUGUGGAGCCGCAUUUGAAAGUAUGAUGCACUUUUAAAGUGCAAUUGAUGCAUUAUUAAUAUUAUUUACUUUUUUUUAAGGGGUUUAAUUCUUUUUAAUUAGGUUUCAUUUUCAAGUACUUAGUUAAAUCAUUUUACCAUCGCCUGUGAAAUGAAUAAUGAAGUGAGCAGAAGGUUAGUGUUAAUAACAUUAUUAAUUCAAAUAAAUUCCUGAAAGAAAGUGAACGAGCGAUCCUCUGCGAUACACAGAUUUCGGUAGCUCGCUAAUUGGCUGUUGAAGAAUUAAAAUCCGUGUACCUAGGCUCGAUAUCCGUGCAAAGCUUACGUCGACGGUUCACGGGACGCAUUAGCGAAAACGGACGAAAUUAUUUGUCAAGCGGACGUUGUACCUUUAAUUGGAUUGUUAAUCGUAAUCGAACAUUAAUUAGGGUAAUUGAAUUUACGUAUCGUACGCCGCUGGAUUACGGGCUUAAUUAGCAUCAGAUAUUUAUUCUGAGGCGAAUUAUCUUGCUGAAUUAUUUGUGGCAAGUAAUGAUGUAUGUUCCAGGAGCAAUAUUACUGCUGUGUCGCUUCAUCGCGAUCGCCUGGAUAAUCGACGCGAUUAAUAACAGUCAUUGGAAUCUUCGUUUCAUUUUGAAACGAAAUAUUGGCAAUCUUAAAUUUACUGUUAGAAUUUUAAUUGAAACAAAAAAUUAUCAAAACGGGGGUGGGAAAAAAUACAAUGUAUCGAGAGUUAGAAUCAAGAUGAAAGAGACAAGUUACAGGGUAGCCAGUCCUUCCGAAAACAUUUCUCUGUUCUUUCAUGAAAAGACACAUAUCCUGGUCAACACGUAGCGCGAUAAAUUCUGGAAACAAUCAAACUAGCCAGAGAACUCGGCACGUUGCCUUUUCUCUCGAGAGUUGAACAUGAUAAAUCUGCCCUGAGAGAGUGCAUACUCGGAACAACGAACAAAACACGUUGCGCUCUCGAUUCUUCCCGGCGCGUUAACAUCUUUACCUCGAGGCUCGUAAAUAGAGAAGCACAUAACGUUGCAUCGAUUACGCUCGGUGUUUCGAGAGAAACGUUAACGUAGCUCGAUAAAUCUCGAGGAUUACACGAUCUGGAAAACGAACUGUAGGAGCGAGAAAAAAAGGGGGAUUAAGAUCCAGAAGAAUAACCGAAACAUAGUCGUCUUAGAGGGAAAUAAAAGCUUCUCGUAACUUGCAUAGAUUCGUUUCGAAUGGAAUCAGGAGGCGGCGACUUUUCAAGCCCGGCCAGGAAGUAGCAUUCAAGUAGACAACCCUCCGAGGGGGGUGGGAAGGGAUUUGAUUAAUGCUUCGUCACGUGAAAAAUGGUAGGAACACGCUCGCGUCCUCGCGAAAUCACCGGAGUAGAGAGAACGUAACGACAUUGCUCUUGUUAUUUUGAAAACGAACGUCAUCAGAAAAUUCAAUUAUCCAAGACGAUUCCUCGUUUCAUAGAUGGUUUCUUGAAAUAUUUUUUAUUCGUAUUUUCUAUCUAGAUUGGUUAUUUCGUUGAAUUUUUCACCGGUUAUUAAUACGAAACGUCGAGUGGAAUUAAUUUCUUUCGCGUUCGACACGUUGGAUGGUGGAUAUUAUUCGAUCCCAUUCCUGGAAAAGUCGACCGUUCGAUUCCGUGUCUGCGAUUUAUUAAAAUACGUUGAAAAUUCAUGGCCUGGCUAACGAUACGGGGAAUUGAAACGGAACGGGCCGCUUCUAAUUUGUACGCGAUAAAAGGAGUGAUUGAGCCGGGCAGGCCGGUUUAAACUGAAAAUUCCAUGAAACCGGACAACAGAAGCGUUCAAAAGGCCGAAAUUACUAUGAUUCCCAGCGUGAACGUAUUAAUCAUCAGCCCUCCCUGUAAUUACGAAACUUUCCAUUACCGAUCGUGUAAUCGCCGCGUGACGUGUAACCAUGUUUCACCAGAUAUCGCGUAGGCGAUGAUGCCGCGUGAAACAAAAGAGGCGUGCACCAACGCGACGCCCAUCGACACCGCUGUCCACCCUAAAUUAAAAUACCCUAUCGUAACGCGUCCCGUCCCUCGAAUUAAUUGCCGGGAAAGAAGGCGCACAAAGACAUCAAACGACACGUGGAAUCCAAUUCCCGAAUACGUUUCGAGGAAUAUGAGCAAACGGCAUGGGACGUGCUGAUGGUCGACGUUAAUCGGAAAGCAUCGAUUCCGAUGCUGUCGAAGAACGGCGCUAAAUGAAAAUUCGAAUUAACGUUUUCAUAAUCCGACAGAAACGAAACGCAAAUAUUAAUAACCGAACGUGUUUUAACUGUAAUUUAAUUUCAACCGGAUCGAUGAUUGAACGUUACUCGAUAAUUAAAAUUACAACAAUUCUAUCAGGGGAUAGGAGUAAUCUCUCUGCAGUUGAAUCAUCUGAAUUUCAAUGAUUCUGUUUGCUUUGCUCUUCUUUUAUUUUUCAUUCGGGAAAUCAAUGUGAUCCUUUGAAUCAUAUUGAACAGGAAACUCGUUAAUUAACUCGAUUCGUGGAUAAAUUAAACUUUCAUCUCGCGAAAUAUUAUUUUAUGAGGCCCACGUGAGAAUUAUCUCUAAACCAUCGGUGUUGUAACUUUCUCGACAUUCUGUACGGAGCUGUAAAAAGAUUAAAAAUCCCUAACAAAGGUAUUAUUGAUUCGAACGGGGAAUUAGUACGGCACUGGUCGACGCAUAAUUCAGCCGAGGGAGUCGGUAGAAACCAUUUGUGUGUCUGGUCUGGAUAACGUCCGUAGGUUGGUCACGCAAGCGGCUCAGGGAAGCCAGUAUGAAAAGUUUCGAUCGCUCGAAAAGGGCUUCGAUAAAGUAUCAUUCGGUCGGAAAGUCUUGCAGCUGAAAAGUUGCGAGCUCGCUUCGAGAUUGAAAAGUUCCCUUUUUAUCAGCGAAACCGGCUACGGUGCUAUCUUCACGGAAUACCGGAUCCUUGAAUAAAAAUACUUCGAAAAUAUCGAUAUACAAAAAAGAAAAAAGGAAAGAAAGAAGGAAAAUGGAGAAGAGGAGAUGAACUAUUCUCGGAUAGACGGUAAAUUAAUAAGCUCGUCUGCACUCGAAAUUAAAAGGUUCUAAAUUUGAAAUAAUUGCAUUUAUUUAAUUAAUCUCUUCUUUCUCUAUGGUUAUCCAGAUAAUUACAAAUAGAACGGGCUAAAAUUGGACAGCAUCGGGUGAACGAUUGAAAGUUCAAUGAACCUUCCUCGGAAAAUUUGAUUAACUUUAUAAAAGAACGCAAGAAAUCGUACGCGACGAUUGAGAAGAUUGCUGAUAAAGUCGCGGCUGUUGAAGCAAUCGGGGGAACAGGACGAUUUCUAUUUCGAAAUUAGCAUUUAAAUUAAGCCACGUAAAAUUAGAGAGUCGAUUUUAGAUUUAUCUUUCUUGGACGAGCGUAGUCUACGAGGCGCCACGCAAAGUUUCCGCUUUAACGCAACCGAAUGAUAAACUCAUUCAAAUUCGAGCCACGAAACAGAAGAUACGGCUGCGUUAUAAUUCGUGACGCAAACCGGUCAACGUAAUUGCCUUACUUUCGGUGAUUUAAUUCAGAAACGUUCUAUAUUUGCCUCCUGAAAGGUGACUUGUCUUGAAAAUAUAUUUCACUUUUAUAUUGAAACGAAUUUUUUCAAAUUUCUCCGGUCGAAAAUAAAAUAAAGAAAUUAAGUCCAUCUCGGUUUAAAUCGAAACGAUAUCGAUUAGAGCGAAGCAGAUGUUUGAUAUUUAUAGCCGGAAGUGGAGGAUAGGCGACGCGCACGGACCACGAAACAGCGAAAUAUCUCGCGCCAAUAUAAUUGUACGCGUUUCAGAGGUAUCAUUCCGUAAUCUAUGUAGUCCUGCUCGGAUGGGGGAUUAUGUUAAGCGAUGCGUGAGCGGCCACAGUCCACGGCAAGCCAGGCGUAACAGAGAUACUGCUGGGUGACGUCGUUACACGCCGCAGCCGUAUUCCGCGGCCCUACACGAAACCCUCGAUAGAAUACACGCUUCCUAUUUAGAUGAACGCGUCCGCGUAUACACGCAACUCUGUAUCGUCUAACAGCUUAUACGAGCUAUGUACCAUUUUAUUCCAUUCUGCAUGGAUCGCGAGGAAUUGCUCCGCUUAAAGGUAUUAAUAUCGCACUUAUGGCUGACUUGAACUACUGAUAAUUUUCAUUUUUUGGCAUUCGAUCAUUUAAAUCAUAUACAGUUAAUUAUAUUUGGGAAAUUUAAUUAUUUUGUUAAAGAUAUUAUGUGAUUUAUACGUUGAUAAAUGCUGACUUCUGAGUAAUGGUUGACUUGAACUACUGACAAUUUUCAUUUUUUGGCAUUUGAUCAUUUAAAUCAUAUAUAGUUAAUUAUUUUUAGGAAAUUUAAUUAUUUUGUUAAAGAUAUUAUGUGAUUUAUACGUUGAUAAAUGCUGACUUCUGAGUAAUGGUUGACUUGAACUACUGACAAUUUUCAUUUUUUGGCAUUUGAUCAUUUAAAUCAUAUAUAGUUAAUUAUUUUUAGGAAAUUUAAUUAUUUUGUUAAAGAUAUUAUGUGAUUUAUACGUUGAUAAGCUGACGUCUGACUUAUAGUUGACUUUAACUACUUGCAAUUUUCAUUUUUUGGCAUUUUAAUCAUUUUAAUCAUAUAUAUAGGAUGUUAAAAAAUACCCUGAAGACCUCUACACCCUUGGAUAGAUCAUGAAAAAUCGAAACGAAAAGUUCUGUAGUAUUUUUCGAUGGGAUCAGUAGUUUAGCCAAUCAGUGCGCAGCUAAUCCGUCUAACGAUACGAGUCAGAAUAUGUUUACAAAUUUGCGCGCGCGACGCAAGGUCGGAGCUCAGUUCUUUCCAGUUCUUCAAACGUUCCGGUCGAGGUUAAUGUACUGCGAGCCAGGCCUGCUUUGAACACGUGAAUUUGUACGUAUUUACUGUUUUGCUUCCUUAGAUGGAGUAUAAUUAAUUAUAUUUAGGAAAUUUAAUUAUUUUAUUAAAGAUAUUAUGUGAUUUAUACGUUAAUAAGGGCUGACUUCUGAUUUAUGGCUGACUUUAACUACUGACAAUUUUCAUUUUUUGGCAUUUUAAUCAUUUAAAUCAUAUUUAGUUAAUUAUAUUUGGAAAAUUUAAUUAUUUUUUUAAAGAUAUUAUAUGAUUUAUACGUUGAUAAGCUGGCUUCUGACUUAUAGCUGACUUUAACUACUGGCAAUUUUCAUCUUUGGGCAUUUUAAUCAUUUAAAUCAUAUUUAAUUAGUUAUAUUUGGGAAAUUUAAUUAUUUUUUUAAAGAUAUUAUAUGAUUUUUACGUUGAUAAGCCGACGUCUGCCUUAUAGUUGACUUUAACUACUUGCAAUUUUCAUUUUUUGGCAUUUUAAUCAUUUUAAUCAUAUAUAUAGGAUGUUAAAAAAUACCCUGAAGACCUCUACACCCUUGGAUAGAUCAUGAAAAAUCGAAACGAAAAGUUCUGUAGUAUUUUUCGAUGGGAUCAGUAGUUUAGCCAAUCAGUGCGCAGCUCAUCCGUCUAACGGUACGAGUCAGGAUAUGUUUACCAAUUUGCGCGCGCGACGCAAGGUCGGAGCUCAGUUGUUUCCAGUUCUUCAAACGUUCCGGUCGAGGUUUGUGUUACUGCGAGCCAGGCCUGCUUUGAACACAUGAAUUUGUACGUAUUUACUGUUUCGUUUCCUUAGAUCGAGUAUAAUUAAUUAUAUUUAGGAAAUUUAAUUAUUUUAUUAAAGAUAUUAUGUGAUUUAUACGUUGAUAAGAAUAAUGCCUGACCUAUACUACUGAUUUAUUCUUACUGUAACCUUUUGUUGCAUUAUUUUAGAAUUUUUGCUUUUCUAUCGUUAUUUAAAAUUAAAAAGGAAUAGUGACAGUCUAGAAGAGCCUGUUUACAAGGCUCUAUGUUCAGUAGAUGUUUGAAUUAGCUCGAGGCUAAAGAUUCUUCAGAGUUACCCAGCUGUAAAUUAUAUAGACCGAGCUUCUCGACACGCCAAAGAAUCGGGGUUAUGUAAAUUGCCCCUUAAGUAGAUAAUAUUGAGUCCCUGUGGCUGUUAUAGAUAACCCAAACUUAACCCAGAUCUAACGUAGACCUAGCCCAGCCUGUCCUCGCGUCAUAUCUUAUCCCUCUCAACCCUAUAGUAAGCUAUCAAUUUCCCAGACCUGCUAUUAAUUUCCAAUUACCCAGGCCUCCAUUCAAUUUCCUAUUAUUUAUCCGCGGCACGGAAAGACGUUCGCGAAAUUAACCCUCGCGUUUCCCUGUUGAUUUAAUGGUGUAAUGAUCGCGUGAAAUCAUUCGGGCACGGGCAUCCACGACGAUAAUCAUUUGCACGCGAUCGCAGACAAUGCGUAUCCCUUGACAUCCGCGCGUCCGAAAGCAGACGUCACCGUGACACGCGUUGCGAUUAAUAAGCAGAAAAUUACACGCUGGAAACAACGAGACCCAGAGUAAUGGGGGUCGCUCGCGAAUUCCGUUUCGUACUAUUGUUACACCGCAGAAAAAAUGUGGAAAUUAAAAAAUUCCCAGGACUUGCAUUAUUGUUAAGGGUAGAAAAGUUUCUAUUUAUUACCACUAUGGUAAAUUUUAUUGAAAAUUGUUAACGUUUAAUGAUUAUUUUUCUCACAGACGUCGUGGUUGACUGAUUAAUUUAUUCACGAAUACAGUUGCUUGUAUUUGAACAUGUCGAGUAGUAUAGGUCGGUGCAUGGUCAGGCAUAAAUCAGGAAUACACAGUAGCCGAAAUUUAUCAGGCCGGCUUCAGCUCGCAAUUAUAUUUCAUUUUAUAGAUUUGCACAGAUGCGUUAUGGCGUACGUAUUUUAUUGGGUAAAUAUCGGGACAAAUAUUGAUCACGAUCUUUUCAUAUCUACAUUUCCAUCAAAUACAAGGGUCAUUGACAUUGCAACAUGUCCAGGUCGCUGUAGAUUUUUCUCUCAAUUUAUACAUACGUUGAAUUCUUUUUGGAGUAAAUAAAAUUCAAAUAAUCAUCGUUGCAUUGAAUUGUUUUCGAGUAGCUCUCGACGGAACCAGCAUAAAAUUUCUGUCGUAAAAGGGAGAAACGGUAAAAAGGUAGUCAAAGGAGACGAAAACUGAAGACUCUAGAGUCUAGAGAAAACAAGAAACCAUCUAAAUGGACAAUCAUUUAAAGUUUUCGUUCAGUCGAAAUUUGUUUCUUCUUCUGGCAUCUAAAAGGCAGAAGUUUGAAACUUUCGGGUAUUUACUAUUACCGUCGAGAUUUUGCGAAGGUAUUUCAAAAGACCCAAGAAAGUUUUACAGAGACAGUAAAGUCCCCGGCUACCUGACAAAAAUAACCAACCAUCUGUCUAUCUUUCCCUAAAACUACCGGAUAAAGAUAACUUCUGCAAAAUAAAAAUGAAAUCGAUACGCUUUUUAUUAACAUCAAAAAUUUGAUAUUUCAGAAUUCUCUUUUGAUAUUACCAGCUGGCCAAAACGCGCCAGAACAAAGGGAUCAAUUUAAAUCACCUGACCACCGUAAAUGUAUUCGCAUGAUAGCGAUUUUCGCGCUGUAUACGAAUCAGCAUAACAAUGCUUCUGAGAAGUGUAACAGACCAGAACCGGACAAGGGAUAUACAAGGGGUGAGAUCAAAAUAGGGGUGCAUCUAGAGACAGAAUAAUUCCUGUUGAUUUUUCAAAAUUUCAAACACAACCAAGGUAUAAUAAUUAUAAAUUCAAAAUAAAAAGAUUGUACAAACUGUAUAUUCCUCUACGUAAUAUUACGUCAGACUGCAAGUGUGUUAAUUAGCGAAAUGAAAAAAUUAAAUUACUCUAGCUUUCUAAAAGUAAACAUACAUAAUUAUUUACUUGCUGGUAGUGGAGAAACUGGAGUAUGCACUCGAUGAAAUUUUAAAGCCUUUCCCCUUUAUGAACAUAAAUUCGUUUCAUAAUUUUAAUUUACUUUCAUUCGAGAUAAAAUAAUGCACAACUAUCCAACAUUCCAAAUAUCCAAAUACUCGAAGCGUGUGUACGUUUUAUAAGGACACCCUGUAUAUAUGAAAUCGGAGAUUAGAGAGGGUAGGAUGAGACGAGGGUUGGAAUCAGAUCCUGUUAUACAUAAUCUGUGUUACGGUCCGCGAGCUUUUCUCGUCCGGUUUAACACGCCCCGUUCGCGGCUGAAUUCAUCGCGGUGAAAGUAUUGUCUGCGAAACGCGUCCAAUCUGUUGCUUCUUCCUUUGAUUUCUUCCACGGUGCUACCUAAAAUCGAGUUUUCACAAUUCCCUUUAUUUUUUCGCCCUCCGAGCAUCCCGUCGCUUCCGGUUUCGCGGGAAACACCAUCGCAAUUUACACGCUGUUAUAAAUCAAUUUGUUCGCAGGAUGAGGAACGCGUUGCUCUACAUUGUUCGACGGGAAAGGAAUAAAUUAAAUAGUAGGUUUGAAAUUCAACAUGACGCUAGAUAGGAUUCGCUGUUUGCAUUGCAGGAUGUUGAUUUUUUAAUGAAAGCGAUAAAGGCAAUGGGAAAUGAAAAAGAAUUUCAUCGAAAUAUAAUAUCUCUCAAAUCAAUCCGGAGUUUUAAUCAUCGGCUACCAAGCGGAACCAAUAAAACUAACUUCAUAUAUAUGUGUAUUAAAAUAAAACGGGGCUACCAAUUCAUAUUUCGUUAUUUCAUAUUUGCCAGAGGAACAGAGCAUCGAGAAUUAUAGAGAGAUUCGGGAUUGAAAUACCUAUCGUUACAGUUGUUCGCUUAAUUAAACGCGGAUUCGUCAACAAUUCGUUUGCGAUACUCAUUUCGAGACUUGCUAAUGCUCUGCUCUAUUAACGAUGAAAAGUCAUUAAAAGACGAAGGAUUAAGAAAAACGGAAAGGGGAAAAAUAUCCGCAAGUAUAUUCUCUUUUAACGGAUAUUUAAAUCAGAAUCACGCCUGGAAAGUCAUGCCAGCCGAUUCUUAUCAGGUCUAUGCUAGCAGGGUGCAACUGUAUCGGGCGUCAUAAAAGUGUGCUCGUUGGCCCGUCAGAACGUGAGCAUAGAGAAAGAUAAUACCAUGUAGGAGUGCGAGAGAAAUGGUGAGAGUAAAAGGAAGAGGGACAGUGGGGUGGUGGUAGCCUGUUAUACACAGUCUGUAUCAUCACUUUGCGAUGUACUUGCGAGCUUUUCCCGCCUCGUUUAACACGGCCCAUUCAUAAUAGGAUGACGGCCGUAAAAGUAUUGCCGGUUAUCGCGGCUACCGCACCGCAUAGCUGGCCAAACAUUGUCCAACCUCCGAUUUACCAUCUACGCCCCCGCGCUAGGGUAUCUAUUGUCCUGAGUUACGAUGCACCGGCCUCGGAUGGCCCAUGGGCUCAGACUUUUACCACGGACCCACCUCAUAAUUGCCAGAUUGCCGCGACAGUACUAUACCAACCCUCUACAACUAUCGGGGAGAAUAACGCGAUAAAUCUUGAUGCCCGACCACUGGCACAAAGCAGUCUCUCUCGGUUGAUAUUAAAUAUCGAACGGCUAAGAAUUACGCCUGCCUUCGUCAGGUAUAACCAUCGAUAAUCCCUCCUCGAUAAUGAUUUUUAUGAAAUUUUCAAACUAUAUAAGGUGAUCGUCUAUUGGCUUAAGUUCUCGACCCUUUUAUGAAAUUUUCAAGAAAUCUAAAUUAAUUAUCCGCUGUGCCAUAAAUUAAAGGGGUUGAUUUUCAUUCAGAAUUGGAAAUUAUGAAAUUAUGAAAAUAUUCCGUAGUUCUCCAAGGAUUGAAUUUCCUUCUGGAACAACCCUUUGUUUACCCUGCAGGAAUUCAGGGAAUAAAUCGAACGUUUGUCAAACCGUUCGUGUAUCGCGAAAUAGAAAUUCCCGUGGAUGUACGUCGACGUUGAAGUUGUCCGACGUUUGUUCCGAUGGAACGUACACGUAAUCGGAAAGUUUGAUUUAAACGCGGAAAGAUCGCCGCUGUUCAUCUUCCUGUCGAUUUAAAGGUAGACUCGCGGAAGAUGGGAACUUACGAGCGGGGCAACUUCAUCGACACCGGGCCAAGUUUCCCGCGAACUUGGCGAAUUUAUUUCACGGCCGUAUCAGCCAAGCUGAUCCCGUCGAGCUUUCGAGCUUUUGCAGAUUCCCAUCGACCGAGUUCGCCGGAAUGUUUCGAGUUUCACGUUGCUCGACUAGGCGAAACUUGCCCCCCCCCCCCGUUCGACGAAUGAAGUGAAACGGGGAACAGAAAAGAAAUCUUUCGGGUCGUUAAGGCGUCGAAAUCCCUUAACGUCGUUCGUCUCUCGCAGUAAAGUUAAGAGAAUUCCGAGGAUACGCGGUCUAAAUCGAUUCUUUCCAAAGAGACAUCCAUUCUCCUGCCACUUGAAAUCGCGUGAAAAUUCCUGGCUGUCUUUGUUGAUUUCUCUAGAAUUUCUUUUUCUUUAUCGGUAAAGUUGUUUCGAAUGAACAAAAUAAUUGAUUUAGAAUUCGACAUUUCCAUUGCGGCUCCUAUAGCAAAGGUACCAAAUGCGAACCAAUUGCGUUGGCAAUUGUACCGAUCCACCGACAAGAAAAUCGUAAGAACAAGUUGAAAGUAUUAUUGCUUAUACUUUAAUGUAUCAUUAUAUUAUAUCGAAUGUUUUGCGUUAGGUUUACGUGACUCGGGGUACGCAAUUAAUUUCGGUGCUCAAACGGUAUGCUUACGAAUGAUCGAUAAAAAUGAUAGCGUUAAUUAAUCGGGAAUUUGUUGAUGAUCGACCGUCUUACGACUUCGUGGCUACCCUAGAUAAUUGCACCUCGAGGGAACGAAACGAAACGAAACGAAGCAUGCAAAUCGAUCGUAGCCGAGAAUUAUUCUGCCACGAUAGGUUCCUCGUUUUCUUCGUCCGCGACAGGGAAACGAGAAACAAACUACGGAGGGAAUUGUAAAUAGCUCAGUGUAUAAACUUCAGUUCCAGGUUCAUUGUAUAAACAUUAUAAAUACACGAGAGAGAGAAGCGUGAAUCCGCGUGGAUUCGUUCGUAUCGUAACGUCAUCGAAGACCAAUACUGAAACGUCGUGGAUCUCUUUGGUUUAUUCGACAUCGUUUCGAUACGAGAUCGACGCGAAUCUCUGUAAAUAAUAUCGAUCGCAUAAGAAGUGCCAAAUACGUGACUCAUACAGACAAAAGUAAAAAAGAAAGGUAACAUACACACCCACAUAUACGUACGUACAUUAUUAUACAUACUCGUACAGGUAAAUACGUGCAAUCGAGCUCGUUCUCUGCGAUAACAAGUAAAGCGAAGAGAAUCCCUCGUUCCAGGGAUGAAAACUCUGGAUCAGAGGGAUGAACGUGAUAAAAUAGUGAAUUAUCUCGGUGUUAAACGAGUGUUUGAAUAAUAAAUGAAGUGGUAGUGGUUGCCACGAGACCGUAGUCAAACAUAGAAAACUUUAAGAAACUCGUUACGUCUUUUCAGAAAGACCUUUGUUUUAUCGUGAAAUUUUAUUAUACGUUAACUCUUCUUCGGAUUUCGAAAUUUCAUUUCAUAGGUGAUCUCCUACAGUCGUUAUCUAAGUACAACUUCACCUAAUUUAAGAAUUUUACGAGGCACUAGACGGUGUGUAGAUUUUUGGUAUUAGAGGGGUUGAUACGAAGAAGGGUUAAAUUAAUUGGUAUAUCUCGCGACAUCCGUGAUGAAUUAUUGUUUUUAUCGUGCUUGGAUAAUUUUAUUUGUCAAGUUAACUCGUGCACCGUUUUCUUGCAUCUAGUCAAUGGAAAUGAGAAACGACAAGAAACAGAUAAAGCAUCGUACAAGAAGGAAAGACACGAAAACUCUAGUCUUAAGGAGGAUUAACAAUAAUUAAUUAUGUCAUCGUAAGUCUCGUAUCUCAUAGACAGUCCCAUCGGUUGUUUACCACAAACUCGAUCAUCUCGCAAGAAUACAAUUAUUGUUAUUGUUACUUAAUGUUGAAGAAUGAAAAUGAAAGAAAUGAGAGUAAAGAAUAGAAGGAAAUGUGAAGAUUGAUUUUGUGGCCAACACUGUUCACUGUGUUCCUGUAAAUAAAUAUACAUAAACGAA